AUUUCAUUAAGAUUGAGAAGCCCUUUCCUCCUUCAAACCCAAUUCCAAAAAGGCCAAAUUUCAAUUCAAAUGUUAGCAACAACCAAUCCCUUUUGCCACUUCCAUUUAGCCUAGCCAUCUCGUCUUUACCGAAAAUAUCCCCGACCUGGCCCAUUUUGGAGUCCACAAAGAAACCCAGAACAUCAACAACUAUAGCAAGUACACGAUGUGAAGCAGAUCAAACGACAUUGCGUGUGACGGCGAGACGACGCCUAGACGCACCUAACGCGAGAGCUAGUUAAUGGAAAACGUUCACAGCUCAGCAAGGCGCGUACGCACUCUGCGUCGCUUUUAUCUCCUUCUUCAAAGUCUCCCUCAGCUCGUACCAUCGCAGUAGAAAAAGCAACAGCAGGUCACGCGAAUCGUCCUUCGUAGCAUAAUAUUUCUUCAUGUCGCGCCCAAGGACGUUAAGAUCGAAUCUCAAACUUUUGUUCCUACUUUCCCGUUUUGGAAUGGUCCGAACCUUCAGAAAAAGGUAUCUUGCCUAAAAUGGUGAAAGUUUUGAAGUUUGAAUUUCAAUUUUUGUUCCUUGUCUUAUUGGUUUUUUCACCCCUUUCCCCCCCAAAAAUCGAAUCCUAAUUUUUGCCUAUAUAUAGUCUCUUCUUCUUCAAUUUGGGGGAGGUUUUUUUUUUUUUUUGAAUUGGAGAAUUGUAGUCUGGGAUUUUUUUUACUAUGGCAGAAAAAAAGUUUGAGCAAAAAAUACUUCGGUACACACUAAAUACACCUCAAGAAAAAGCAAGGGAGUUCUCUUAUUGUUAAUGCGUUGGGUUUGAAACCUUUUUCGGCUGUUGUCUGUGUCGUCAUUUGCAUGGUGGAGGUCAUUGCUGUCCAUCUCUGCUCGUUUCUGUCCCAGUUUUGCUGCACUUUGAAAGAGAAGAUUUGGAUUCAAUUGAAGUUUCUAGGUUGUCGAUUAAUGUGUGGGUUCACUUGAAGGUACCUCGUCACGCUUCAAGAGAUUAUCAUGCCUCCGGAUGAACAAAGACUUAGUUUACCUUCUCCUGAUCGACUUAACAACCUUAACAUUCAUUUAAUCGAUGACAUUCUAAGUAGGUUGUCUUUUCGAGAUGUUGUAAGAGUUAGUACACUUUCAAAGGACUGGCAAUAUAAUUUCUAGAGAAUUCCACAUGUGAAAUUUUAUCAAACAGUGUGGAAAACACCCGAGGACUUGACAUCCCCUGCCAUUGGAUUUAUUCCGAUUCUUGAUAGUUUGCUCAGGUUUCAUAGAGGAAUAAUAUUGAAGGUCACCCUCAAUAUUAUUAGUCUAAUAAUGUGUCCUAAUGUUGAUCGUCUAAUUUUUUCCCUCGACAUUGAUCACAUUCAACAUUUUGUCCUUGAAAUUCCAUUUACUUAUCCUCCAUUUAGGUUGCCCAACUUCUUUUUUAUUGUUCAGCAUUGAGGCAUUUCUAUCUCAUGGGAUGUGAAAUACAACUUUCAUGUUUCUUUAAGGGAUUUAAUAAGUUGAUUAGGCUAAUAUUGAAAUCUGUAUCGUUAUCUUCUGAUACGUUUGAAAAUUUGAUCUCUAAUUGCCCGUUGCUUGAGGAUUUGGUGCUAAAAGACACAGACAAUUCGUACCUCAUUAUUAGUAAUUCUCUUAAGCUAAGGUCAUUUGUCUUUCGUGGCGAUAUACAAUUGAUACAUCUUGAAAAUGUCCCUGUUCUUUCCAAUGUUCUGUAUGCGCCUAGAGAAUUAGUUCUAGAGGACGAAGAUGAUUUUGUCAAUAUUUUUUCGUCUAUUGUUGCUCUCCAGUGUUUCAGCAUGGAUCUUUUUGAGUUCGAUAAUGGAACAACUAAAGUUAUACCAACAAGGCUUCCAUCAGUUCUUAACUGUCUGAAAUGCCUAUUCAUGUCUUGGAUUACUCUUGGAGAGUUUUUUAAGCUUUCGUUUGCUCUUUGCAUUAUAAAGAGCUCUCCAAAUUUGGAAGAAAUUGAAAUUAAGGAAUUUUUCUUUAGUGAUGGAGAUUAUUUCGAAUCUGUGUCCCAGGAGGUUGUUGAUGAGAUUCUUCCAAGCUUUUCGGAUAUCACAUUUAAUCAUCUAAGGACAGUUAAGUUUUAUGAUAUACCAUUAGAAGAGGUUGAAAUACAGCUUAUCAAGGUUUUAUUGGCAAAGCCUCCAACAUUGGUGAAAAUGGUAAUCAAGCCUCGUCAAAUGGAAACUAUCAAAUCUCUCAACUUACUCGCGGAGAUAACAAAGUUUUAACAGGCACCAUCUAAAGCAGAAGUUGUGUAUCUUUUUUAUUAGUAUCGUUAUCACAAUCCUUCCUAAUCUUUGGUUAAAAUAUUUUUGAAGUACAAACAGAAACGAGACAUUUGGUUGAUGGAGUAACAAGACUGUGUUUUGCCUUCGCUUUAAGGUACUAUAAAGAUUUUAUCUGCUUGGAAGCAUAGAAUUGUAUAUGUUUUGUAUACUCUGUUUGGGAACAGAGAUGGUUUUUACAUUUCAUGGAUGCUCUUAAAUGAUAUAUGAUUUGAGUCUUUGGUUGUUUA